UUGCGUGCGGUUCGCAGUUGUCGGUUUCGGUGAAUUGUUGUUUGGGGCUUUGAGGCCUCCGCCGGCAUACAGUGUGUGUUGGUCCAUAUUAAUAAUAAUAACGUAGCAAAUAAAUAAAUGUUCCGCUGCAUAAAUCAAAAGUCAAAUGUUAAUCGUGCGCACACAAGAGUAUCAUAAAUAGCGGUGACAGCCACUGUAAAGCGCAAUCAAUUGUUUUUAAAUUUAGCUAUAGUUUUGUUUUUCAUCUCAUUUGCUGCUGCUGCUGCUGCUGCUCAUUGUACGCAAUUUGUACAAGUCGCAGCAAAACGGGCAACAAUAUUUUGUGUGUGUGUGCUGCCUGCCACAGAAAAUUGCAACACGUGUUUAUGGCUAACAGUGCGUAUGAAAUAUUUAGUUGCGUGUCUAUUUUCGUUUAUGCCCAAACACACACACACACAUACAACAUACACACGCCGCGAAAUUUAUGCUAAUAUGUGUGAGUGAGUGAGUGAGUGAGUGCGAGUGCCCAAAAGGCACAUGUCAUUUAAAAAAUAAAAACACAUACAUACAUACAACAAAUUUUGGCUGGCUAACUGUAAGCUUAAUUAAUGUAUAAGCAACAGCGAUAAUUUUAAUAUCGGAUACGCAGCAGCGACAGUGAUAUAUCUAACUGUAAACUUCAUCGUUAUAAUUAUAUAGACAGCGCUCAAUAUACCAAAGACAACGUAUAAAUUAGGCUAAGGACUACUAAUCAGAGCAAAGGAUACGCACAAGCUGUUGAGCAAUUGAGUGAACAGCCGAACUCUGUCAGACAGACCGACAUACAUAUUCACACACCCACACACACACAGCAUGUUGCAGCAUCCCGCCACUGACUUCUAUGACUUGGCUGCCGCCAAUGCGGCAGCAGUGCUCACGGCGCGCCACACGCCGCCCUACAGUCCCACCGGGCUGAGUGGCACGGUGGUGGCUCUGCACAAUAGCAACAAUAAUAAUAACAAUAACAAUAGCACAAGCAAUAAUAAUCUUGAUAUGUUAACGCACAAUGGAGGCGGCGUGGGCGUGGCUGCCAGUGGAUUGCAUCUGCAGAGUAGCAGCAGCAGCAACGGCGGCGGAGGAGGAGGCGCUGCUGCUGCUGCUGCUGCUGGUCGUGAAUCUCUGCCCAGCUUUGGCUUCACACAGGAGCAGGUGGCCUGCGUCUGCGAGGUGUUGCAACAGGCGGGAAACAUUGAAAGACUGGGACGCUUCCUUUGGUCGCUGCCACAAUGUGAUAAACUGCAACUGAACGAAUCUGUGCUGAAGGCCAAGGCGGUCGUCGCAUUCCAUCGCGGACAGUACAAGGAGCUGUAUCGACUGCUCGAGCAUCAUCAUUUCUCUGCCCAGAAUCAUGCCAAGCUGCAAGCGCUGUGGUUGAAAGCGCAUUAUGUGGAAGCCGAAAAACUGCGUGGAAGACCUUUGGGUGCUGUGGGCAAAUAUCGAGUUCGUCGUAAAUUUCCAUUGCCGCGCACCAUUUGGGAUGGCGAGGAGACAAGCUACUGUUUUAAGGAGAAAUCACGAUCGGUAUUGAGAGAUUGGUACGCACACAAUCCGUAUCCAUCGCCGCGAGAGAAGCGCGAUCUAGCCGAGGCAACAGGACUGACCACAACGCAGGUUUCCAAUUGGUUCAAGAAUCGACGACAAAGAGAUCGCGCGGCAGAGCAUAAAGAUGGCUCUACGGACAAGCAGCACCUGGACUCAUCCAGCGAUUCGGAAAUGGAGGGCAACAUGCUGUCCAGUCAAAGCGCACAACAGCAGCAGCAGCAACAGCAAUCGCAACAGCAGCAACAUGCCUCGCAUCACCCGCACCACACGCAAACACAGCAGCAAUUGUCGCCGAAUGGCAACAGCAACAAUAACAACAACAACAACAGCAGCAAUAGUUUGCAUCAGCAACAACUGCAACACAUUGCCGUUGAGCAAAGCCUGCAACAUCAUCAGCAUCAGCAACAUGCUGCGACGGCGGCUAGCAAAAGCAGCGCUGCAGCUGCGGCCGCUGCUGUUGCUGCCUCACAAAUGCCGCCACUCUCUGCCGCCGUCGCCUACUCGCAUCUGCAUAGCGUCAUGGGCGCCAUGCCCAUGUACGAUAUGGGAGAAUAUCAGCACUUAUGAUUCUAGUUGGAGGCUGC